CCCGUCUCGUGUGACCUCCAGUCAAAAGUUGUUGAGGUCACGCACUGCGGAAGCGUAUUGUUGGCCGUCAAGCUGCCUUUAGAUCUACCACCAUGGCUAAGAAACAGAAGGCACAGCAGGAGGAUGAGGACCUGGUGAUGACCAUCGCGUCAGACGAUGAGCUUUCCAACGCCGAGGAAAGCUCGGACGAGGAGGACCCGGAGGAUGAGGCGGCUAAGCAGCAACAGGACCAACAAAUUAACGAGGACUUUGAGUUCGAUGAAGGUGGCGCUUUCCACUCUUCAGGCGGCAGUUCAUGGGACUUUACAGCCGCAAUUUCACGUAUUGAGAAAAUGGAGAGCGGCAUUCCCACAGCCACUAAGCGUACGUCCAUUCAGGCUAAAAUCGACAAGCGACGAAAGGAGAAAGAGGCCGAGAAGAAGAAAAAGAAGAAAGUGAAGAAAGAGAAGAAGCAGGAGAAGAGUGAUAGUGAAGAGGAGAGUGAUGAUGAUAUGAAGGAAGAGACGAGUGAAGAGGAAGACGAGAACAGUGACCAGGAGCAGCAGGGCUCUGACUCGGAGGAGUCCGAGAACGAGAAGGAGCAGGUUGAAGAAGACGACGUCGUGGUGGAGGAGGAGCGACUCCAAUCUGCUCUCAAGGACAGCAAGAAGGACCAACAGACUCGCGAGGAGUUGGUGGAUGAGCUGGAGAAGAAGAAAGCGGCGGAGUUCUUCGAAGCAGACCCUUUCGCUGCCCAGGAGUUCGCCAAGACCAAAUUUGAAACUUUUGCCGACCUGAAGCUGUCGCGUCCAAUCAUGCGAGCCAUUUCCCACAUCGGAUUCGAGAAGCCGACGCCGAUUCAACAGCGUGCGAUUCCUAUUGCCCUGACUGGCAAGGACAUCUGUGCUAGUGCUCAGACGGGUAGUGGUAAGACCGCUGCCUUCUUGCUACCCAUUCUGGAGCGUCUUCAAUUCCGCUCACGACGUGUCCAGUCCACCCGAGUGAUGAUCAUUUGUCCGGUGCGUGAACUGGCGACGCAGUGUCAGUCGAUGCUCGAGCAGUUGGCGCGUUUCACGGAUAUCACGUGCUCGCUGGCUGUUGGUGGUUUGCCUCUGAAAGCUCAAGAAGCAGAGCUGCGCAAUCGCCCGGAUGUUGUGGUGUGUACGCCUGGUCGUAUGAUUGAUCACCUUCGUAACUCCAAGAGUGUCCACAUGGAUGAUCUGGAGAUCUUGGUGCUGGAUGAAGCUGAUCGUUUGCUUGAAUUGGGUUUCACGGAAGAAGUACUGGAGCUCGUCCGCAUGUGUCCCGUACAGCGUCAGACUAUGCUGUUCUCUGCUACGAUGACGUCGAAGGUCGACCAACUGAUUGAUCUGUCGAUGAAGCGUCCCGUGCGUAUCAGCACUGACCCGCUCUUCGACAUGGCUAAACACUUAGUGCAGGAGUUCGUGCGUAUUCGUCCGAACCGUGAGGAUGACCGUGAGGCGAUUCUGUUGGCUUUGUGUACACGUACGUUCCGCUCGAAUACGAUUGUGUUCAUGGAGACCAAGUCGCACGCGCACCGUAUGAUGAUCAUCUUCGGACUUGCUGGCAUUAAGGCGGCAGAGCUUCACGGUAACCUGCAGCAGAGAGAGCGUCUGGAGGCGCUUCAGAAGUUCCGUGACGGCACAGUGGACAUUCUUCUGUGUACGGACAUUGCUGCUCGUGGUAUCGAUGUGCGCGGCGUCCACGCUGUUAUCAACUACGAGAUGCCCAAGGAUAUUACCACAUACGUGCAUCGUGUCGGUCGUACAGCUCGUGCUGGACGCAACGGUCGUGCAGUCACGCUCACGAGCGAGUCUCGUCGUCUGGUAAUGAAGCAGGUGUCACGUCACUGCAAGGGUUUCGUCAAGUCUCGUGCUGUGCCCGACCCCGUUAUCGCGCAGUGGAAAGCUCGUAUUGAGAGCAUGCAAGAGGACGUGAAGCUGGUUAUGCACGAAGAAACACUCGAGAAGCGCAUGCGUGAAGCCGAGAAAGAAGCCACUCGCGCCACGAACCUGCUGAAGCACCGCGACGAGAUCAACGCGCGACCUGCCCGUACGUGGUUCAUGUCUGAGAAGGAGAAGAAGAACGUGAACGAACGUGCAGAAGAAGACCGUCGUGCCAAGGAGGAGGCUGCGAAACAAGAAGCCGAGAGUGCAGACACCAUGUCGCGCGCCAAGAAACUGAAACUUAUGAGUCACAAGAAGCGACGAUUGUUUGAGAUCCGUGAGCGCGAGGAGCGGAUGCUUGCAGAUGCUGCUCGGGACGAGGAAGAAGGCACGACUAAGAAGGGAAAGAAGGGUGCGGUGUUUACGUCGAUGCACGUUGCUGGAGCUGCCAAGCGCGCCAAGAAGGCUCAACAGGAGACUACCCGGUCGCGUGAAGAGGAAUCCAUCGCCGAGAUGCACGAACGAAAGCGUCUGAAGCGCGAGAAGGCUCGCGCUGCACGUAGCAGCCAUGGAACUGGAGCGUUCGACGUUGACAUGACUAGCGAUGGCGCUCCAGCCCCGAAGCCCAGGAAGCAACGCGAGGCGAAUGCUGGACACAACCCGUUCGAGUUCAAGGAGAAGAUCACGGACUACAAGAAACAUGCCAAGAAGGGCUCGAGCUCCUUCAAGUCCAAGGCCAAGUACAAGCGGCGCAAAUAGAUGAUAGAAGCGCUUCUGCUCAGCAGCAAUGUACCCAUGUUCUCAUUCAUUGAGCUGAUUUUCCCUCAAAUGCAACAUGUAUAUUCAUUCACCUACUGUUUAGCCAAAGCCGAAUCCCUCCGAUCCCUCACGGAUCGCGAGCAGAAGACACUGCUUCA